AUGUUCGAGUUAAUUAUGAAAAUAUUCAAUCGGAUUAGGAACAUAAUCUUAAUAAAUAUUCGAAUACAACUAAAAAAUGCUCGAUAUUAUACACUAAUUGCUUAUAAUGAUAAUGAUAGUGAUGAAAAUCAGUUUAAAAUUCAAAUACAUCUCCAAGCUUCAACACAGUAUGUUAUGCGAAUAAUAACAUUUAAUCAAAAUAUUGAUGGAAACUAUACAAUUGUAGCAUCUGGAUUAACUCCUAUUAAUAUUGAGAAAAUUGCUGAUUCUUUAUUUCCAAUCUUAAAUCAUAGUCCUUGCGGAGGUUGA